CAAAUCGUCUCCCCGCUAUUUCAUUCAUAACACGGAGGACAAUAAACUUGAUGGGCAAGUGCCGGGGACAACUCACUUGAUAAAGUCUAACGGUGAGAAAUCUGUCAACACCUCAGGAUAAUUCACACAGGGCCGACAGCUCAACUCUUUAUCAAACUCUUCAAGUUAACAAAUCCAACGUCAAGUUUUCUCCAUCAAAAUGUCAAACUCUGGAGGUCGGAGACUGAAGCAAUGGCUGAUGGAGCAGAUUCAGAGUGGUCAGUACUCUGGACUGCAGUGGGAGGAUGAAAGCCGCACUAUGUUCCGAAUUCCCUGGAAACACGCAGGAAAACAGGACUACAACCAAGAAGUUGACGCAUCCAUUUUUAAGGCCUGGGCUGUGUUUAAAGGCAAGUUUAAGGAAGGUGACAAGGCUGAGCCUGCAACAUGGAAGACCAGACUCCGAUGUGCUCUCAAUAAGAGUCCUGACUUUGAGGAGGUGACAGAGAGGUCGCAGCUAGAUAUCUCGGAGCCCUAUAAAGUUUACCGCAUUGUACCUGAAGAAGAGCAGAAGCAUGGCAAAAGCUCAAUUAUGGCCAUGGCAGCUACCACUAGCUCUGGUGAUAUCACUGACUGCAACCCUUCAGAAAUAGAAGAGCUCAUUAAAGAGGAAGAAAACUGCAGCAUCCAGGCCAGUCCAGAGUAUUGGCCCCAAGGAAGCAUAAGUGCUUUCCCCCUGCAUCAGGACCCUUUGCCAUCAGGCACAGGCAUCAACUCAGCUUUCUCCCAAAUGAUGAUCAAUUUCUUCUAUGGAGGAAAGUUGAUGCAGAACACACUGGUAACUCACCCUGAAGGCUGCAGGAUUUCCCCACAACAGCACCUGGGUCGUGGCGCCCUCUACAGUUCAGACAUCAUGCAGAGUGUUCAUUUCCCCCCUGCUGAGCUCAUUGAGUACGACCACCAGCGUCACGUUACACGCAAGCUCCUGGGCCACCUAGAGAGAGGUGUACUGGUCCGUGCCAACCAAGAGGGCAUCUUCAUCAAAAGGCUGUGCCAGAGCCGUGUCUUCUGGAGCGGGCUGGGCGAAGUGGGCUCACAAUUCAGCCCCAUGUCUUGUAAACUUGAGAGGGAUGCUGUAGUCAAGAUUUUUGACACAGGGAGGUUUCUUCAAGCUCUACAGCUGUACCAGGAGGGUCAGUUUCCUGCUCCUGAUCCGACAGUGACUCUGUGUUUUGGAGAGGAGCUCCAUGAUCUCAGCAGUGCUAAGAGCAAACUGGUCAUUGUGCAGAUCACUGUGGUGAACUGCCAGCACCUGCUGGAGGCAGUGAACAUGCGCCGGUCCCAGCCUUACUGCAACAACCCAAACCUGGAUAUGUCUGGUGGUGAUGUGGCCAGUGACCAGAUGGCACGCAUCUACCAGGACUUGUGCAGCUACAGUGGACCCCAGAGGACAGCCUGCUACAGGGAAAACAUGCCUAUUACUGCCUGAACUGUGAGCAGUAAUACAAGAGCUCUUCAGCAUGUACUAGAGCAAAUGUACAACAUAUUAGGGACAUUCCUUAUUUUCCUGACAUACACUGACAUGUUUUAUUUACAUAAUUGGUUUAGACUUUCUGAAGCUAUAGCAGUCACAGUGGAGACUUAAAGAUAAAGAAGAACAAAUCUCUUACAGUAAGACUUUUAAGCUGUGGCUCAAUAUUAGGAUGUCCCUAAUAUUUGUAUAUAAGUAAUGUUCAUAUUUGUAUGUACAGAGCUGACACAAACUCUGUGUCCAACCUCUGCUUUAGUAUUACAAGAGAUUGUGAAAAAGCAGCGUUUCAUGUUCAGAUAUUACACACAACUUAAGUGUUUGACAGUCUUAAGAAUAGAUUCGUUAUGGUGACUAUGUUAACAAAUCUUUUGUAUCUUUCAAGACUUUUACUCAUUGCAACAGUUUGAUCUAUGCGGGCAAUUUAGUUCUCACAGCUGCCCUUUAUUUCAACAUGCGUCAUCUUCUUUGUUGUUGUUGUUGCAGCUGAGUCGCUUCCUUAUGUGACGACCAUUUAAAUGAGCAGAACAAAUGGACAAUGUGUCAGAUAUCUUUGUAUUUUUUACAGUAAAUAAUAAAUCUGUUCAUGAGUUGAUAAAAACUGCAUGAAAUUUUAGAUGCAAUGUGGCAUUAAAUUACAGAUAGGUUUUACUAUCAGACUGUUCUAGUUAACCUUUAUUUCAUAAUUUUUUUAUAAAUUGCAUUUCUAAUAAAACUAAGUUUUUACUGAAC